GAGAGCAUUGCUGGCACAGGAAUUCCACCUUUGAAAUGGAUUUUGCAGCGCUUCCCACAAGUGGCAGAGGCAAUUGUGCCUGAACUGGUAUCUGCGUUGGGAACGCUUGCCUUUUAUUGCUGUGCGAGCGGCAAAGCCUCUGGAAUAUUCGAGAAAAAACUUCGAUUGUUGAUCAGUAAUGGUGAACAGGCAAGGCGUUUGAAAGAAGGCAUCACGGAAGUUUGUAAAGAUGCACCAUCGGCCAAGAAAAUGGUUUGCCUUAUGGCUUUCCUCCUGAAGGUGCAAGCUGAUGUAGAUCAUACUCUAUACCUAGACGUUUUUUCGAAGGCAAUUCUUUUUCCAAAGAGCAAGCCUGAGGGAUUCGUCAUAGAUUUUUGUGGCGCGAGACUCAGUUCUAUUUCGGCCUCAGAGUUCCGUGAUCAGCUGCUGCCGAAUAUAAAAAAGUCGUUGUUGAGGAGUCCUGAGGUGGCAUUAUUUGGUGUGGUGAAAGCGAUUCAGUCUUCCGAGCACCCUCUUGACGAAUUCGUAAACGACUUGCUGAAAGGACUAACCUCCUCUGUUACA